AUGGGAAUAAAUGGAAAUGAAGACGAUCCAACGAUGUGCACAAUAACAAAUAAUAAUACUGAAAUUCGAAAGAUGAGCAACAGAUCUCCUACAUUUGAUCCAAAAGAUGUUCAGCUUAUUUUGAGUAUCACUCAUAUUACUACUACUGGUACUAUUACUACUACUACUACUACUACUACUACUACUACUACUACUACUACUACUACUACUACUACUACUACUACUACUACUACUGCUACUGCCACUGCUACUGCUACUAUGCUUACUGUUCGUACCAUUGACAGUCGUAAUUGGGCAUUAGAAUACUGUGACUACAAAGGAAAGGGGAAUCAUGUAAAUAAUGGUUAG